CUCGGCAAGAGCAGCAGCAGCAGCAACAGCCAGGACGCUCAAUGCGCCGCUUUCUCUACAGUUGUGCUGGGCUCUCCCUCCUCCCCAGAAGGAAGUGAGACCGCGGGGGCGGGGGAGCUGCACGGGAAUGGGGUUUUGUGCAUGCCCAGCCAAAUACAGCUUUCUGACGUAGUCAUGUCUCGGGGCAGCGGAGGAGGGGGGGGGGUCGCAAACGCAAUACUGCUUACUCGUCUUUUCCCUAAAAAAAAAAGGGGGGGGCUGCGUUGCGCCGCCUCUGCUGGAGCGGGAACUCGGGCCGCGUUAGCCAAAGGCAAAACGAGAGAGAGAACGUCUGAAGUUGGUGGGCGGCGUUUCAUUCGGCGGCCGGCUUUUGAACUCCUCCGCCGGAGCCUUUGGAUCGCUCAGUACCGCCGACCGGAGAACGGGCAGAGCUGGUACAGCUGUGGGCCUACUGUAUAUGAUCAUGCACACCUUGGGCAUGCUUGUUCCUACGUAAGAUUUGACAUAAUUCGAAGAGUAAUGACAAAGAUAUUUGGAAAAGAAGUAGUCAUGGUGAUGGGGAUUACAGAUAUAGAUGAUAAAAUAAUUAAAAGAGCAAAUGAGAUGGAAAUCUCCCCAGAAACCCUUGCUCGUUGUUAUGAGGAGGACUUUAAACAAGAUAUGACUGCCUUAAAGGUCCUUCCUCCCACAGUUUAUAUGAGAGUAACUGAAAAUGUUCCUCAGAUAAUUUCUUUUAUACAACAACUUGUUACUAAUGGAUAUGGUUAUGCAACUUCACAAGGUAAUGUUUAUUUUGAUGUCCGUUCUAGGGGAGACAGAUACGGAAAGCUAACAAAUAUUUAUCCUGAGACCCAAGAGGAAUUUGGGUUUAGUGAUAAGCGCCACAAGAAGGAUUUUGCUCUCUGGAAAGCAGCCAGACCUCAUGAGAUAUGCUGGGAUUCCCCCUGGGGGAAAGGAAGACCUGGCUGGCACAUUGAAUGCUCUACAAUAUCAAGUCUAGUGUUUGGGAGACAUUUGGAUAUCCAUACUGGUGGUAUAGAUCUGGCAUUUCCUCAUCAUGAAAAUGAAAUUGCUCAAUGCGAGGCUUAUCAUCAGUGUGAACAAUGGGGAAAUUAUUUUCUACAUUCUGGACAUCUGCAUAUAAAAGGGAGUAAAAAAAUGUCAAAAUCGUUAAAAAACUACAUUACAAUUAAGGAUUUUCUAAAAGAAUUUUCAUCCGAUCAGUUUAGAAUGUUUUGUUUGCGGACCAAAUACGGCUCAGGAAUAGAAUAUAGUAAUGAUACCAUGAAUGAUGCAAAGAAUAUUCUUCACAUAAUACAUUCUUUUAUAAGUAGUGCCAAUGCCUACAUGAAAGGACAGUUUAACUGUGAUGCCAUUAGGGAAGAUGAACUUUGGGAGAAACUAGCUCAUACUAAGACAACAGUAGAGGCAGCAUGUGCAGAUGACUUUGACACUCCCAGGGCUAUUCAUGCAAUUUUGGACCUCAUUCACUAUGGCAACAGACAGCUUAAAAUCGUCACUAAGGAAACAAGAUCCCCUAGAAGUACUAUUGUGUUUGGGGCCAUAGUCUCCUACCUCAUGGAAUUUUUUAACACAGUUGGAAUCACCUUUGCUGAAAGUCAGGUUCUCUCUGAAUACAAGCAUUCAGCUUUGCUCUCCAGUGUGAUAGAUGAACUAGUGAGCUUCCGGAUCAAAGUGCGCAAUUUUGCUCUUGCUACCCCUGAGGCUGAAGAAAGUCCAUCUGCCCAAAAUGCUGACCUGUCAGAAGAAGUAAAACUGCAGCAGAAAGAGGAAAGGCAGCAACGGUUGCAGGAGAGAAUGCCCCUUCUGCUGGCAUGUGACCGCCUUCGCAAAGACUUGGCCAUAUAUGGCAUCAACAUAAAGGAUAGAAGCUCUACUUCUACAUGGGAAUUUGAGCAAAAUCAAUAAUGAACUGGAAAAGCACUGAUAAAAAGACAGAUGUACAUUUGGAGUGAUUAUAAUCAUUUUUAAAGAAAAACCAGAUCACAGGAUAAAGACUAUUGCCCCUUGGAUUUCUGGACUUUUAUUCUAAAGCAACUUAAAUAAAAUAUUGUCAAAAAGUCUAGUUUGGUGAUUUGAGGAAUACAAGUGUUGAUUUACUGAUUGUGAGAUUUACUGAUUUACCUAUGUGAGAAUUUAGUUACUUCAGACAAGUCUUCUACAAUAGUAGAAAUUUUCUAGUGAAACCUUGGUCAGCUCUAAUGAUUCAAGCUUAUUCCCAUCUGUUAUAAUCAUAUGGUUGAAAUGAACCUCUCUACAUGUUCACACUUUUGAAUGAUUUUGACUGAAGUAUAACAUAAUUAAAGUAUGGCUUAGUUUAACAUCACCAAAAGUACCAAAUGAAGUGAAUUUUUUGAGAACAGGGAUGAAUUAUAGAUUUUAUAUUGUAACAUCAAAAGUCUACUUUGUAGCAGAAUUUCAUAUCGGAUUUAACCGUUUUCUUUGGCUGAUACCAAAUGAGUAUUUCAAGAACUAAAGCACAGAGCAUGGUCUGUGGAAGUUGAAGCUGUCCUCAGCAGGUGCCUUGUUUCCUACAGUGUCAAGAAACAUCCAGAUGAACAGAGCCAAUGGCAAAGCAGAGACAUUUGGGCUUUUUGAAGACAGCAUAUUUUUUUUAAUAGUGUGUGGAAAAGAUCAAGUAACAAGCACAGAUUGGAAAGUGUAGAAGCAAGGGGCAUUAAGAAAAGAGUUUCCCAAAAUAGGCAGGUUCCGUAUAAUAUCUGGGGUUCAUUCCCUCAAAAAGGAGAGACUAAUGUUUUAACCGAGUAUGAAGGAUACAAUAUUUGGCCAGAAAAUGUUGGAUGACACUUCAGAAAAGCCCUGCCUUUGCCACUGUAGCCCCUCAUGAAUGACUAUAUGAUAUUUUCUGUGACUGAUUACAUUGAUCAGAAACAGAAAAGGUUUAGGUAGUUUUUCUGCAGAAUUACUUAGAGCUUGUUCGUAUCCUUUUGAAAUAUUGCUAUCUAUGGGCAUUUCUGUUUAGGGGCUAUUCUGAUUCAUGUUGCCUAUAGAAAAGCAAGCAAAAGAACGAUGAAAUCACAAUAAACAUUCUGUUUACCAAAUUAGCAAUUUUAGGGUUUUUCUCUCUGCUGUAUAUCCUUUUCCUAAUUCCUCAAAAAAAGCACAUAUACAGUCAUGUGAAAAAGUAAAUAUAUCCAUGUAGGGUUUUUUGGAGGGACAUGUACGUGGACAUAACAUUUUUAGUAUAUAAAGUUAUUUUAGCCAUUGUCUAUCCACUGCACGAUGAAGGCCACUUCUGCAUGUUUCCACCCAAUACGGUCCUGAGCUUCCUUUUGUCAACUGAGCUCCCAAUACUUGAUGUUGUAGUUCCAUCUUGUUUUAGGUCUCUUUCGUGGAUGAAUCGGCAAGUAUUGCAGGCCCAAUUGGCAAAAGAAAGCUGAAGAGGCCUUCACCUUGCAGUGGAUAGACAAUGGGUAAAAUGAUGGAUGAUUACAUCAACUUUAUAUACUGAAAAUAUGUCUAUGUACACAUCAAAAUAAGUUGAUGUAAUUGAACUGAAAUACGAAAAAUUGACAUUACAAUAGUUUAUUCAAUAAAAAUUAACAUAUGCCAUUUCUAUGAAAAAGUAAAUAAACUUUUGGCAGAAACCA